UUAGAGCGGCAGGAGAUCACGUGCAAAGCACAUGUGAGAGUGAAAAGAAGGGAGAAAGGGUGGCAGUGCUGCAGUGCAGGAAGAGCUGAAAAGAGAGAGUUCAGGCUAGUGCGUGAAAAGUGAAGGAGAAAGACAGUUAAGGAGACAAAAUGGCUAGCUCUGGACGUGGAGGGGGCGGCGGAUGGAGAGGCAGGGGAAGGGGAGGAAGAAGAGGUGGUCGCGGGGGCGGAGGAGGAUAUCGUGAGUACCGUCCACGUAGAGAUCCUCUACCAACUAAUACUGAGGAUCUGGAAUCGCAUGAAAUUGAGGCAGAGAACAAGACUAUUACAAUUUCCGUAAAAUCAAAUGACCAGGGACGCUUCUUUAAGCUGAUUGAGCAAAAGAGAGAAAGAAAAGGUAGCGGUCAUAUUAUAUUUUCUGUCGAAACGGCCCCAUCCUUCAAGCGUCACCUCGCAGAGGUUAUUGAGAAGUACAAGACACUUUCCCCAGUAUCUACAGAAGAUGAUAAUAAUGCACAGAGACAUUAUUCUGAGUCAUUUAAUCAAGGAAAGAGAAGGUUUUAUGUUGAUCUGCGUCAAAACUCUAUGGGGUGCUACUUGAAGGUCACGCAGGCUACGCCUACUAUGAGGAAGUUUGUGCUGAUUCCAGCAGAGAUCCUGGAAAAGGUUGAAGAACAUUUUCUAAACAUGUUAGACAAAUUUGGCACGUCUCACUCUCAGGAUGACUCCUCACCUCCAAGAUCUCCACAGAACUCUCAACCACCUUUGCCUGGUUCGCAUGAAGUCAGAGCUGGGAGCAAGACUUUUUAUUUUGAUGUUGAACGCAAUGAUAGAGGCGUCUUCCUUCGCUUGACUGAGUUACUCCCAACCAGACGGACACACAUCAACAUCCCUAACUCCUGCUGGUCCCAGAUGUCGGACAUAUUCAAGACUCUCCACAGUGAAAUGCCGUAUGCCGAUAGCGGGAGUGGGAGUGGCUCAGAGGACAACUAGGAAAGGACAGAAUAGAGAGAGUGAAGAGAGCUAGAUAAUUGUGUUUGUUUCUUAUAGGCAUUGUUGUUGUUGUUGAUUACUAUUAGGAUUUUGUUUGUUUGGAGGAAGCGGUUGGUUCUCUUUUGCUUUUGUUGUUAUUAUUGUCGUUAUACAAAACAUGCCCCUCCCAUCUCUCUCUUAUUAUUAUUAUUAAUAUUAUUGAUGUUAUUUUUGAUAUUGUGUUUGCGAUUUUAAUUAAUUGUCAUAAUAAUAA